AUGGACCAAGCAGAUGACGCGGGGACGGACUCGAUUCUCGCCCACGCGCGUCGUCUCGCCAGUCUCGGCGAGGCCGGCUCGGCCAAGCGCCCGCGAACGGAGUUCAACCCGAAUGCGAUCGAGGUGGGGCUCCACUGUCUGAUCACGAGCGAGCAAUAUGCGCACGCUCACCCUGCGCAGUUUAUGCACCGGGUACGCAAGAACAAGAACCUUGUCUUCUUCAAAUACCCGGCGGUAUUGCGAGCCCUCUUCAGUUUUGAAUUUGGCCCGGGACGCCUCUCGCUACUGCAUUUCCAACCGCGCGACUACGACGAGAUUGCGGCAUGGGGCGCGGCCAAUGGGAGCAUCAUGCAAGACUACUCGUUGACCGCGACCCUACCCUCCGCAGUCGCGGAAGGCCCCGUCGGCGCUGCGCUGGCCGCCUCGUUUGAGAUGCUUCUCAUCUACGCGGCUCAGUAUUGUCGGCCCUUCCUUCUCGUCGCGGCCUACGCUGCGGACGUUGUGCAGAGGAUCGACUCGGUGUUUGAGCAACUUCACUCGGACAUCUCCAACGAUUUGUACGGGGAUAAUGCGACGGCUUUACAUCUACGGACGCGGCAUCUUUUCGACGUCGAUUCGCGCGAGCUCCAUAGCCGGCUCUCGGCCGCGUACCAGCGACAAAUGGCGAUAGUCAUGGCGGCGCACCCUCUACUCAGCGAACGCACCACGGCCACGGCAGCGGACGUCGCGGACAUCAAGAAGUCGCUUGGUGGGUUCCGUCCCAAGUUCCAGCACCUGGAUACGUCGAUCUGA